AAGUUAAAAAUAGACAUUUAUACACCAUUCGAUAGACAAUUUCAAGAGCUACAUUUUGCACUAUUUAUAUUUGAAAAAAGGAUUAUUUCGAUUUUCCGCCUAAUUUCCGCCUAUAUGCCCACUGUGUAUUCCACUCAUCUAUUAUACACCUGUUUUUUGUUUUAGUUACUCGAAGUAUGGUUGAGUUGGCUGCCGAUUCGUGAAAGUACAGAAGAAGCAUCAUAUGUCUAUGAUUAUUUAUGUGAUCUGGCUGAAUCGUAA